AUGGAGUUGGUGGAGCGAGAGCUUUUGUUUAUGGUGCGGAAUUCGAAACAUGCAACCCUCCCGGCAACUUGCACAAGCUCGCGGACCAUGAUGUACCGUGUGAUGUUUGUCUUCUUCGAAAUCAAUCCGUCGUCAAAAUGUUUACAGCCAGAAAAACCGUGUUACAAAGGAUGGAAGUUAGAGUAUCGUGGAAACUUAAUGGUGGGAUAUUUUGACCAUCCAGCUGGUACAAUGUACACCUGUGAUGACGAGUAUCCAGACACUUUACAUGGUGGUCGUGCAAAUCAAGAUGAAUACAGUGAUGGAGUUGGUGGAGCGAGAGCUUUUGUUUAUGGUGCGGAAUUCGAAACAUGCAACUCUCCCGGCAACUUGCACAAGCUCGCGGACCAUGAUGUACCGUGUGAUGUUUGUCUUCUUCGAAAUCAAUCCGUCGUCAAAAUGUUUACAGAAAAACCGUGUUACAAAGGAUGGAAGUUAGAGUAUCGUGGAAACUUAAUGGUGGGAUAUUAUGACCAUCCAGCUGGUACAAUGUACACCUGUGAUGACGAGUAUCCAGACACUUUACAUGGUGGUCGUGCAAAUCAAGAUGGUAGACUGUUUUAUUCCGUAGAGGCUCGAUGUGGUUUCUUGAAGUGCCCACCUUAUGUGGAACGGAGAGAACUCAUGAUUGUGGCUCUUAUUCUUGUGAUUUUUGUGAUGGAAGUACGGGCUGUAACAAACGAUGGAAGUUGUAAAGACAUGCUGCAGCAAUAUCUGACAGGACAUUUGAGCGUUGUUUACACAAGAUGGGGGAAAAAAACAUGUCCUUCGAAUGCCGAGUUAGUUCUAUCAGGCUUCACUGGCGGUUCAUGGUACGAUCACAAAGGAGCAGCGGUUGAUCUUCUGUGUUUACCAAGAGAUCCAGAGUGGGGUGAAUACAUUGAUGGAGUUAAAGGGACCAAAGCUUAUGUUUUUGGUGCGGAAUACGAAACAUACUACACCAUCAGCAACCUGCGCAAAGUCUAUAAUCAUGAUGUACCGUGUGCUGUUUGUCUUCUUCGAAAUAAAUCCGUCGUCAAAAUGUUUCCAGCCAGAAAAACGUGUUACAAAGGAUGGAAAUUAGAGUAUCACGGGAACUUAAUGGCGGGAUAUUAUAACAGUCCAGCUGGUACAAUGUACACCUGUGUUGACGAGCAUCCAGACACUUUACAUGGUGGUCGUGCAAAUCAAGAUGGUAGACUGUUUUAUUCCGUAGAGGCUCGAUGUGGUUCCUUGAAGUGCCCACCUUAUGUGGAAGGGAGAGAACUCGUCUGUGCUGUUUGUUCUAAGGAGUAAACAUUAUUAAACCAGUACUGACUUUUUUUCUACAUUUUGUUAGGGUAAUUUAAGAUUUGUUUCAACGUCAAAAUAUGAGUCAAAACUGCUCUCAGUUUUGUUGUAAAAUCUCUCACAUUUUAAUUAUAAUUCUUUAUGUUGUUAUUGAUUCCCUUGAGCUAGUCAAAUCUAGAGAGAAUAAAAUAUAAAAUCUGU